CACCACCCCUGCCCGCGCGGACCCAGCUACGCCGUCCAGCUGCGUCUCGCGCUUUGCCCUCAAGUCACCGUGGAGUUCCGCCGCCGUCGCCCCGAAACUUCCACCGCGAGCGGGAAAUAUGGGAUGUAUAAAAUCAAAAAGGAAAGACAAUCUGAAUGACGAUGGAGUAGAUUUGAAGACUCAACCAGUACGUAAUACUGACCGAACUAUUUAUGUGAGAGAUCCAACGUCCAAUAAACAGCAAAGGCCAGUUCCAGAAUCUCAGCUUUUGCCAGGACAGAGAUUUCAAAAUAAAGAUCCAGAGGAGCAAGGAGACAUAGUGGUGGCUUUGUACCCCUAUGAUGGCAUCCACCCAGACGACCUGUCCUUCAAGAAAGGCGAGAAGAUGAAAGUCCUGGAGGAGCAUGGAGAAUGGUGGAAAGCUAAGUCCCUGUCAACAAAGAAGGAAGGUUUCAUCCCCAGCAACUAUGUGGCCAAGGUCAACACCCUAGAAACAGAAGAGUGGUUUUUCAAGGACAUCACCAGGAAAGAUGCGGAACGACAGCUUCUAGCACCAGGCAACAGUGUGGGGGCUUUUCUUAUCAGAGAGAGUGAAACAUUGAAAGGAAGCUUCUCUCUGUCGGUCAGAGAUUAUGAUCCUGUGCAUGGUGAUGUUAUUAAGCACUACAAAAUCAGAAGUCUUGACAAUGGUGGUUAUUAUAUCUCUCCACGGAUCACUUUUCCCUGUAUCAGUGACAUGAUUAAACAUUACCAAAAGCAGUCAGAUGGCUUGUGCAGAAGAUUGGAAAAGGCAUGCAUAAGUCCCAAACCACAGAAGCCAUGGGAUAAAGAUGCGUGGGAGAUCCCCCGGGAGUCCAUCAAAUUGGUGAAGAGGCUCGGAGCAGGACAGUUUGGAGAAGUCUGGAUGGGUUACUAUAACAAUAGCACCAAGGUGGCUGUGAAGACCCUGAAGCCUGGCACCAUGUCUGUGCAGGCGUUCCUUGAAGAGGCCAACCUCAUGAAGACCCUGCAGCAUGACAAGCUGGUGCGGCUCUAUGCCGUGGUCACCAAGGAGGAGCCCAUUUACAUCAUCACUGAAUACAUGGCCAAGGGGAGCUUGCUGGAUUUCCUCAAGAGCGAAGAAGGCGGCAAGGUGCUGCUCCCGAAGCUCAUAGACUUCUCUGCGCAGAUUGCCGAGGGCAUGGCAUACAUUGAACGGAAGAACUACAUUCACCGCGACCUGCGAGCAGCUAACGUCCUGGUCUCUGAGUCACUCAUGUGCAAGAUUGCGGAUUUUGGCCUUGCAAGAGUAAUUGAAGAUAAUGAGUACACAGCAAGGGAAGGCGCCAAGUUCCCUAUCAAGUGGACAGCUCCAGAAGCCAUCAACUUCGGGUGCUUCACCAUCAAGUCUGACGUGUGGUCUUUUGGAAUCCUCCUAUAUGAAAUUGUCACCUAUGGGAAGAUCCCCUACCCAGGGAGAACCAAUGCGGACGUGAUGACUGCGCUGUCCCAGGGCUAUCGGAUGCCACGCAUGGAGAACUGCCCAGACGAGCUCUAUGACAUCAUGAAAAUGUGCUGGAAAGAAAAGGCCGAGGAGAGGCCCACGUUUGACUACCUACAGAGCGUCCUGGAUGACUUCUACACCGCCACCGAAGGGCAGUACCAGCAGCAGCCUUAGCGCUGCGGGCCCGCAGGGACAGCUGCCCAUGGGCAGGGAAGCAGCCUGGCAGGGCAGUGCUGGUCAUCCCAUGGGCCGGCCGGACCCCCGUUCGCAUGACUCAGGGAGAACCCCUGGAUCCAGGAAAGCAUUGUGACCUUGUACUGAUGGCCACUGGGGUGCUGCGUGGAUUACACCUCUGCUGGUCAUCGUUGUCUGGAAGCAAGUAUCACAGUUCAGCUUUCCAGGUAGAAAUCGCCUGUCCUCUCCAAAGUGCGCUCACACUGGCCCUCUGUCUACAAUUGCAUGUGCGACACAGAGGUUCAGAGACCUGGCAACAAGCCCCUGGGAGCAGGAGAACUAAACUCAUUUCUAAAGCAAACAUAACCAGAUGCAUAACAAGACACGUCUUUGUAUUUUCUCAAUGCUUUGGCUUACUUUUUUUUUUUUUUUUUUUUACUAAUUCACUCUUAGAUUUUGCAGGUGAAGCCAGUGGCUUACAGAUGUUUUUCCCAGAUUUCAUUUUGUUGUUGUUGUUUUGGGAGUUUGAUUCCCCCAUCGCAACCUCCCCCCGCCCCAGUCUGAGAUUGUGAAACUCCUUGCGUGUGUGCUGGGCAGACGCAGCCUCAGCCCCAGCAGCAGCACGCGCGCGCCCCCUGCAGGAGCGGCGUGGUGCGCUCACAGCGGCCUUAGCCCAGGUGGAGCCGGGGCUGCCCAGGGUUCCCCUUUCGGGAGAAGGGAGACAGACUGGCCUCCAAAACCGCUCUACCUUACAGAGGAAUGUUUUUAACCAUCCGGUUUGCAGCUCCACGAUUCCCUAGAUUAAAAAAAAACCUUUUGUUGACAGUCUCAGUAAAAUUCUAAUAAGAAUCUAGCCUCCACAAAACCUUAUAUAGGGCCUUCCAAAAACAUAAGCAUUUCCUGGGGGGCUUCAAAUGAUUUGAACAUUAUUGUAAGGAUCAAAGAUUAAUUUUAGUUUUACUCUAGAAGGUUUUUAUUAAUGCCAUAUUUGGGGCUAUUCUGUGAUUCAGCAAUCCUUUCUAUAUUGUUUAAGAUGCAAGUAUUUAUAGCCCCAGUUUUGAAGGAAAGUGGCUGGAGGCUCUCAGGAGGCUCCUCUGUGGCAAGAGAUUUGAGAGGUUUUGUUUACUCGAUUUUUCUACUGGAAGCUUUCAAUGGAAACUGCUAUGUCACAUUGUUUCACUUAUGCUGUUGUAUAUAAACGUAAUAAUUCUAUUUUUUGAUUUUAUUUUAAUAUACCUGGCCAAAUAACAUUUCAAGCUUUUUGUCUUACGUUAACAUUUUCAACUAUUAGCAAUGUAAAAUGAGUACCAGUUGCAGGAAAGGAAUACAAGAAGUGACUCCACGUGGAAUAAACUUCAGAUCUGCUUUCAUCCUUGAAGCAUUUCAGAUUGGAGAAUUGAAGAGUUGAUAGCUUGGAUGCCUGAGGAUUUGUUGAAAACAGGCUUUGCAAGCAACAUUAAAUUUUUUUUUAUA